AUUAUGGAUACGGCAAUGAUAUAUCUAUGUGUCUUUAUGUACAGGCUCCUGCUAGAGCAAGAAACAAAAAGAACACAGGAUGGGAGUUUCAAGUCAACUUCUACUGACAUUGAUCCUCUUGCUCAAUUCCACUGCUGCUCAAUCGCAAUGCCCCAGGUUAACGCCAUCUAAUCCAGACUUCGGUUUAAGUGUUUCGUACGAUUCUGCUGAUGGUGUGCUGAGACAAUUUACUACAGCCACGUAUUCUGACUGCGAUGGCGAAAGCGGCUUUGUAAAUUUUGGAAACUCAGGAAGUCGUACAAGAGUAUGUAAUUUCGACCCAGCCACUCGACUACUACUUUGGUCAGGAGAGGAGCCAACGUGUAGAGUUCUGGUGUGUGAGGCCGGCGUUUUGGAAGGACUAUUCCCGCCGCACAUCUUUAACAUAACUUACAGUACUGAAAUUGUACUGACAAACGAAGACCCCCCUGCCGGUGGAUAUCGUGGUAGUACCCGUGCUGAGUAUACCUGUAGUCUUCCAAUGUUUGGCAUAUCUAGUCAGUCAUUUGAUCUUUGCCAACAAAAUUUAGAAUUUGGCGUAUUAACUAGCGUUAAUUGGGACAUCCGGGAUCGAACUUGUGAAAGACAAUGUCCUCUACUCAACGAUGGUGCGUAUUUAAACUUCAGAGGCUUGUCAGAUGGUAUUUCAUAUGAUCCUGUGUCGAGAGUUCCGGGCACCAUUGCAACAUAUCAGUGCCUCAAUAAUGUAGCUUUCGUUCCAAAUGGUUCUUUGCAAAGGGAAUGCAUUGUAGAUCUUUCGAUUUCCGAUACUUCAUUUUGGACCGAACCAGAACCAAAUUGCAUACCAAUUUGUCAGGAUCACCCUCCUCUGGAAAAUGGAGUUAUCACAUAUGAUCCCGACGAGGAGUACAGAUUUAUAGGGACUGUUGCCACCUACACAUGCAACGAGGGCUUCACAUACAUGGGAGUGAAUACUAGCGGCAUAUGUUUGACCAGGGUAGUCGAGUUAGGAGGUGGGGAAUUUGUGGUUUUUUACACUUUUACUCCACCGGCUACUAGUUGCAUUCCAAUUGAGUGUCCUGCACUGCCAGAGAUAGCCAAUGGAGUGAUCUCCUACUCUCCUGAUGUCACUCCUGAUUAUAGCCUCAAUACUGUGUCCACCUACAGCUGCAACUUCGGUUAUGUGCUCAGGGGAGAUAGAGAGAGGAGGACUUGUGUAGAUGCUGGUGAUGGUAGCGCUAGAUUCAAUGGACAGGAACCAACUUGUGAACCGGAGGAAUGCUCAGCACUGGCACCUAUUCCAAACGGAGUUAUUACAUAUGGUCCUGAUAUGAUAGCUGAUUAUGAUGUGGGAACCGUGGCUACUCAUACAUGUAAUGAAGGUUUCAUUCUGAGUGUCGGAUCUCCAGCUAGAGUGUGUUUAGUGUCGAGAAGAUGGUCUGGCUUCACUCCUGUGUGCGGACGUAUAGCUAUAACUCCAAGUGGUACUCCAAUGAUUGGACAAAGCUUCUCCUUAUUAUGCACUGUGACUGAGACUGACUCACUUCAGCUCACCAUUUCCUACUACUGGUUCGGAGGACAACUGCCACUUACUACUAAUUCUGGUCUUCUCACCUUUGACACAUUGUUCCUGUCAGACGCUGGACUGUACAGAUGUGAGGUCACUGUGAGCUCUGAAGAGCACCAAAUUACUGUUAACUCAAGCUAUGACAUAAAUUUCAUGACUCUUCACAUCCAGCUGCGACUCAUUAUCAGUUCUAAUUGUGGAGCAUAUACUCAGUCAGAAACAGCUGUCAAAACAAGCGAUGACAUAACUAAUGAAGUUUCCCACGGUGUCGAUCAGCUUUGUCAAUGUGGUUUCAACACCUCUCUUAUCUCAAGACCAUUUAUCCGCUGCUUUGAGAACUCUCUAAAUCAUGUGACAUACAGAGCAGUUCUGAGCAGUAGUGAAGCAAUCUCGGCUCUCAUAAUUGGCUCUUUUAUUGAUCGAUGGAGCAAAGAGACUCCCAGCAUCAUUGUGCAGCGUGCAGGACUUCGCAUCAACAGCACUUGUCCGGUGAUUAUUGCCAAUCCUGAUAGUCCCGAAUGCCCUGAGGAUCUCACUAAUCGCACGUUGAUAAUAACAAUAAACACAGAUAAUACUCCACUUUUGAGUGUAGGUGCUGUGAUUGGCAUUGUGAUUGGAUCAUUGGCUCUUAUAGUUGCUCUACUGGUGGCCGUAAUUUUACUGGUUACUCCGAGAUAUCGGAGAUAUAAAUCAAAAACCAAUUGCAAUGAAAGUAACCCACCAAAUCUAGAUAUGAGGCCUGAAAUUGUUCUGGAUGAGCUUCCCCACCAUGACUAUGAGUACAUCAGUGUAUUUCAAGAGGCAAACUUGAAGAGUACCCCUCAACCCUCCACAGCAAAGGACGGUGCUUCAGAGGUGCCGUUUGAACUAACACCCUGUGAUGCUUAUGGGCCUGUAGCAGUACAAUGAAAGUUAAAGCUAAAUAUUGCAAUAGUAUAUACAUGUGAAGCUGCAUGAAAAUAGUAUAAACUGAUAUAGUGCUAGU